AACAUGAAUACAGGAAAUGAAACAUGGAUAGACUUCUUUCUUCUGGGGCUUUUCCCAGAGCUGCCAUAUAUCAGCAUCCUCAUCACUUCCAUUCUCCUGAUCUAUAUCAUCACCUUCAUAGGGAAUGCUAUCCUGAUACUCUUGAUCUGGGUAGAUUCUCGCCUCCACACCCCCAUGUACAUACUGCUCAGCCAUCUCUCGCUUAUUGACCUGGCCUUAAUUUCUACCACAGUCCCAAAAACAGUCAUCAACUUUUUCUCUAGGAAGAAAGACAUCUCAAAAGUUGCCUGCGGAACCCAGAUUUUCUUCUUCUUUGCCCUUGGAGGUAGUGAGUGUCUCCUUUUGACCCUCAUGUCUUAUGACCGUUAGGCCAUCUGCAACCCUCUGAGAUAUCCAGUUAUCAUGAACCCCAGGGUAUGUCUGCAGAUGGUCCUGGUGUCCUGGGGUGGAGGUGCCCUAAAUUCCCUCAUCAAUACCAUCUACACCAUGCAUUUCCCCUUCUGUGGUUCCAGAGAAAUCCACCAUUUUUUCUGCGAGAUGCCUGCCAUCCUGAAGCUCUCCUGCGAGGACACUUCCUUGUAUGAGACAGUGGUGUCUAUCAUAUGCAUCGUGUUUGUUCUUCUUCCCUUAGGACUCAUCAUGUCUUCCUACAUGCUCAUCUUCCUUACAGUCCACCGAAUGAAUUCUUCAGAGGGCAGAAGGAAAGCCCUGGCCACUUGUUCCUCUCAUCUGGCUAUAGUGAGUCUCUACUAUGGGCCAGCCAUGAUCAUCUACAUGACUCCCCAUUUUUUCCACACGUCAGAACAGGACGAAAUACUCUCCAUGAUUAAUACCAUCUUCACACCCAUGCUCAACCCUUUAAUUUACAGUCUGAGAAACAAGGAGGUACUUGCUGCUCUGAGAAAAGUGGUGAGUCAAAGAUUCAUUUAA